ACAAGCCGAGGUUUAUUUUCAGAGCGUAAUGACGUCAGAGAGACGAGUGCAUAGGACGAGCGGUGGUGACGUCUCUUUACGUCGUCUCUCUACUGGAUGGUUAUUGUUUGAUCAACGGCAGGCAGGAUGUUGCGGCUUCGCUGUAAGACCAAAAAUGGGAGCCACAUAAUGCAGGGCUUGACUCAUCAGUCGUGUGUGAAGGAGCUGAAGAACAAGGUGGAGGAGCUGACUGGUAUCCCCUGUGACGUGCAGAAAAUUAUGGUCGGCUACCCACCUUCAAGCCUCGAUCUUCGAAAUGGAGACGCUCACCUCAAGGACUACCCCAUCAAAUCAGGAGACACGCUCAUUGUUGAGGAGGAAAAAAACAAGCCAAAGCCUCAGGAUCAUCCCAUCGUGACUAAAGCGCCGCGCCUGGAAGCCUCACCCGUGCUGGCACGCCGAGUCGUCCCGGCCGACAACUCCUGCCUGUUCACCAGUGUUUAUUACGUGGUGGAGGGUGGUGUGUACGACCCAGCGUGCGCCCCCGAGAUGCGAGGCCUCAUCGCCCAGAUCGUUUCGAGUGACCCCGCGGCUUACUCUGAGGCAGUGCUGGGCAAAACCAACGAGGAGUACUGCGCCUGGAUACGACGGGACGACACCUGGGGAGGAGCCAUCGAGGUGUCCAUCCUGUCCAAGUUUUACCAGUGUGAGAUCUGCGUGGUGGACACUCAGACAGUCCGGGUAGAUAGAUUUGGGGAGGACGCCGGAUACCACAAACGCGUGUUGCUCAUCUACGACGGCAUCCACUAUGACCCGCUGCAGAAAGAGAUCCCCGGCUCCGGCGCCCCUCCCCAGACUAUCUUCUCCACCACAGACGACGUGAUCCUGGCCCAGGCCCUCGAGCUAGCGGACGAGGCUCGACGCAAGCGGCAGUUCACGGACGUUAACCGCUUCGCCUUGCGCUGCAUGGUGUGCCAGAUGGGCUUGGUGGGACAAAAGGAAGCCCGCGAGCACGCCAAGGAGACGGGCCACACCAAUUUUGGCGAAGUGUAAAAGUUGUCUUUUUUUUGUCCCUCUCACAAAUACAACCACCACCAACCCUGUGCCCCACGUCCGGCAAACUUUGUUGGUCCGUCUGCUUGUGUGAUCCUCUACCUCACAUUAUCCAAUGACAUCUUCAGAGAGUCUGCAGACACUGUGUUCAGCCUCUAACCUGGUCAGUAUUACUUUUAAACUGCUGUCAGUUCUUAAAUUCAGAAACGCUACUGCAGUGCUCUGAUGUCAUUAAAAACGUUGCGUUAGUCUGUUAAGGAUGGGUACAAAUCUGUUCAACUGGGUCAAGGAAAAAUAUGCAAACAAUUCUUGGGAUUAGUUUUGAUGUGUUGAGAUGACUGGGCUGGGUUUUAUAGGAUAAAUCAUAUGGUGGCCGAUGUGUUGCCACAUCUUACCCGUGAUCGACUAAACAUACGAUAAAACCCCGUGUGCGGCUCCAGAACGACCACUAAGAAUUAUUUGCACUGUGACGUGAUCCCAUUCACUGUUGUCUUAAACGCAGCACACAAAGUCUGACUGUUAUUCAUCGUGUUGGUUUUGUAGCAUGGUUUUUGUUCAUUAUUAUUUCCCUUGUGGAGAGAUGUUAGAAAUUCUCUUUGUACUGGGAUCACUUGAUUUACUGUAGACGUGUGAAUUGACCAGUGCUCGUGGCCUGUGGUGAGGCUAAGCUGGAUUUAUCUACAUCCACGUGUGCCAUCUGUGACAUCCCUCUGAAUUUAUUGAGCAGUGGCCAAUGAGACUGAGGUUAUGCAUCUUAAAUACAGUGUCCUAUAGCAAAUCAUGGGCCAGAAUUAGGCCAAUUACAUAAGUGGACUGUUCUUCUUUGCAUUUUGUUUUGGUGUUCUGUUGCAACUUCAUUUCAGAGAUGGGCUUGUUUUAAAUUUAGAAAAAAAAAAACUUUUUACAUUUUUGCGGAGCUCAUCGUUUGUCCUCACGGGUACGACAGAUUUUUCAGGAGCGCCAGUUUUUAAUUGUAGUGUGCGAGAUUCAAAUGUGCUGUAAGAACAUGCUGUACGUCUUUCAUGAUACAUUUAAUUUAAACUGCUGCAUAUUUUUUUAAAACACGAUGAGGUGUCUGCGCGUAACAAUUCAAGGCUGGGAGGCGUGGUGCGUCCACUCGAAAUCUGAAAUGAGUGUACGCGAUCUACUGUGCUCACUUGAUCUAUUUACUGUUCAGGGUCUUUCGCUAAUCCACGUCGCACACAUUUACCUUUUCAUAUUCGUGGAUAUAUUUCUGAGUCUGAAUUGUGUACAUUUUGGUUUGAUAUACUCUGUUCCACUGUAUGUUUUGCACAACUGGAGCAUGUUCUCACAUUUCAAGCUAAAGUCAGACGUCAUCUUUAUGCUGAUGCACACACUACCUACAAGGAUGAAGCGCGCACUUAUUCUCGUUAAAUAUCAGGUCAGAAAUGUUUAAUCGGAGGAGGCCACGAUGACAACACCUGUGGUCUUGUAGUGUUUUUUUUUUCUUUCUUGAAGCCUGUUCCUUUGUGGCCUCACAUCACGUUAACACAACAGUAUUUCAGUUUCACAGGUGUUACAGGUUGUUGCCAAAAAAAACAGUUUGACAAUGGAAGACUUGGCUUAGACUCAGACGGUGGUGGGAAUAAAUAAAAGUCAAAAAUAUAUCUAACAUGUGAAUUAUGAUCCUAACCCUGCCCUCCCCCCACGUGUUACUUUAGCUAGUUUAUUUGAUUUUUUAACUGUGGUUAAUUAUGGAUUAAUCCGCUUGCAUAAAAGGUGAAAACUAUCAAAUGGCUUUGUUGUAUUUUGUAUUUACAGAGAUUCCAUGACUAACAAUAACGAUGAAUGUUGCACACAAAGCACUACAGAAUAACUGGAUUUACUUGAUUUUUUUCAGUGUUGUCUCACAAUUAAAAGUUACAGCCAACA